AAAAGAAAAAGAUUAGAAAUACAAGACUUGUGUGUUUGCUACUUUCUCAUUCAAAUAUUCCCCAUAGGAUAAUUAAGAUUUCCAUUUUAUCCAUUUCAUUUAGUUUUUCUAGCUAAUGGACAUGGAUUGGUCCUGAUGAAGGUGAGGGAGCGAGUUGUGUCUUAAGAUUCUUCGAAGCUACACAGACAACAACUGUAAUAAAAUUUUGAAGCUGCCCAUGGCCAUGGCCUUUCAGAUUAUAGCAUCUUCUUCACCAACGAUUACAAAGUCUCACCUUCCCCCUUCUUACAAAACUUCGAAACCUUAUCUCUCUUCAUGUUUUUCUCUCCUGGGUUCUUCUCGUUUCUCUCCUUACAUUGGUCUAAAGCACAUGGGCAUCUCAAUCUCGCCGAAAUCUUCAAACCCAGAGAAGAAGAGAAGAUGUAGUAAGGGUAUGGUGAUUCGUGCGUCUCUGUUUGGAGUUGGAGCACCUGAGGCUUUGGUUAUUGGUGUUGUAGCUUUGCUAGUCUUUGGUCCUAAAGGCCUCGCAGAGGUAGCUCGAACUCUUGGGAAAACACUGCGUACAUUUCAGCCCACGAUUAGAGAGCUACAGGAUGUUUCAAGAGAUUUCAAAAGCACCCUUGAGCGUGAGAUUGGCCUCGAUGAAAUCUCAACACCAAAUGUAUACAACCAGAACAGAAUGAACACUGGUACUACUCCUCCUCCACCACCAACACCAGUUCCUAGCACUGAAGAUCCUGUGACUGCAAGUGACCCCACAGAUGAUGCUCAAUCACCAAAAGCUUACACAACCGAGGAUUACCUCAAGAUUACAGAAGAGCAGCUCAAAGCUUUGUCUCCAGGUGAAGCAGGCGAUCAAACUCAGACUCAAGAAAAGCUACAAACAUCUACCGAAGAAAGCCAACCCAAAGGUACAUCAACGGCAACAUCCCCUCCAAGACAAGAUUGAAAAACACCAAAAACUGACUUCGGGAGGGAUUUAUUUUUUGAUCUGCCAAAAGAGAUGAAGCUAUUAGCUCUCAGGACAUUUUCACAAAAUAUUAUGUGCAAUCUUUAAUAUGGAUUCAGAAAAUGACUCAUUUCUGUGUUUAUGUUCCAUUAGUUGCCUUCUUAAUGAUAAAUGACGCAGACUCGUAGAGGCACGGAGAUGAGAAAUAUUUUUGUUUCCACCAGCA